GCACGCUGCUCGCCAGUCGUGUGGGAAUUAGCAGUGAUCGGUGCAACUUUCACGUCUCGACAUGGCGAAUGGAUGCAAAGACGUGUUGUUUUCACGCGGAGGUGGACAGAGUGACGAUUCGGAUAUAUGGGAUGACACAGCAUUGAUAAAGGCGUAUGACAAGGCUGUUACAUCGUUCAAGACUGCCCUUAAGGGCGAAGAGGCGCCGGAGGUCUCCAAGAAAAAACUGCCCGGAAAAAAACGCAAGAACACCAAAAAGAACCAGAGCAGGAAAAGAACGAAUGCAUCCGCAGACAAAGAGUGGCAGGUCGGGGACCCGUGCAGUGCGUACUGGUCCGAGGACGGCCAGCUCUACGCAGCCACCGUCUCCUCCAUCGACGAGAAGAGGAGCACUUGUGUCGUUGUUUACUCAGAAUACGGCAACGAGGAGGAGCAGAAGCUCGAGGACUUGCUGUCGGAGGUCUCUGAGGGGGACGAAGAAACAAAUACCAAGGAGGCAGAAUCAUCGACCGAGGAGAGUGACCGGUCCACCGCAGCAAUCCAUCACAAACAGAAGCCACACAGUAAACCCCAGAAGUCAAAGGCCCACCAGGAGCCCCCCCCGAUGCAGGCUCCUGGGUUUCCUCCAGGUCCUCCUCCCAUGCACGCUCUCAAACGGGGAGGAAGUCGGCGAUCUGCUGGUCCUGGCCCUCCUCCCUGGCCUCCCAUGAUGUCUUUUGGUCCACCGAUGAUCCCUCCUCCUCCGCCGAUGAGCCCCGACACGGUGGACGAUGAGGCUUUGGGCAGCGUGCUCAUCUCCUGGUACAUGAGCGGAUAUCACACGGGAUACUACUUGGGGUUGAAACAAGGACGCAAAGAAGCUGCCAAUUGGACGAAAUUGCAACACAAAUGAAACGAGCAACUCGACGUUUGGUAGUUUUAGUUUCUCAGGGCGCGACUUCCUCCCCGCUGUACCUGAUGCGUGUGUUUCUUGUUUCAAUUAAAUGUUAUAAACUAAGUGUACAUGCUACGAGUUCAUCGUAGCUCAAGGAGGAGAGUUUUGUAUUCUUUGUAAAUAGAUUAAAUAAAAGCUAUCGGAACACGGUU